UUUAAGCAGACGACAACCCAUUUACGAGCAUUACAGUCGAACCUGAGCUGCCUAAAAUACAAUUCUAGGGGGAAAGACAAAAAAAUGUUUGUUCACGCAACAUUACUGGUGCACGUACUAUCAACGAUGGCUCUUUGCAUUAACGCUGAUGGCUUGAUCACACAGGAACUGGGUUACUUUCGAACAAGUGGUGCUUACAAUGCUACAGUAUCAGUUACAGAAAAUACAGACCGAUACAUGAUACUUGCCUCUGGAGAACCUGAUCAUGUUUGGGGCAUGGUCAACCCGAAUAAGCCAACCGACCAGAGCUACAAUAUCCCCAUCCCGAAAAAUCCAACCACAGAGGCUAUCCCGGGUUGUCUCGCCUUGGGUAUGAUAGGCAUUGCCAGGACUGGUGUGGCUCUUUUUAACCCUUUAGAUUCAGCUGGUGAAAAUGCCGUCGAAGGUUCAGGUCAAGAGAGGUUAGAUAGCUGUGAUGGACAUGCAGAUCAACGAGGGGUCUACCACUACCACAAGCUGCCCUUUAAUUGUUUAUAUGACGGCCGUAUAGACGAGUUCAUGGGGGUUGCCUUGGACGGAUAUGCUAUUUACGGGCCAAAAAUAACGGAGAAUGGCGUCGUCAAGAAUCUCACGUCGCACGACUUGGAUAAAUGUCACGGCAGGAUCGGGUCUGACGGAAGAUAUCGGUACCAUAUGACCUUCACCUUCCCGUACAUCCUUGGCUGUUUCCGGGGAAGCGUAAUGUAUGGCCGGACUACCACACAAGCCAUAUGCUCUUCUGACACCUCAGUGUGGAAUGGUUUAUUCAAACACUACCUCUGCAACUGUUCGGUGGAUAGACCAACAACUGGAGGAAACAACACCGAUCCUGCUUGUCACCCGUCCAACGCAAAUAAACCCUCCUAUUGUUGUGAACGACAACCACCACCCCCAUAUUGCACCCAAACUGACACCACUCCCAGACCAGUGACUACCACCGCAAGACCAGCAACUACCACAUCCAGAACAACGACUACCACUGUCAGACCCACGACUACCACUGCAGGUUUGACCACACAAGAACUGGGUUAUUUCCAAACGACUGGUGCAUACAAUGCUACAGUAUCAAUCAACGAACACGCGGAUCGAUACAUGGUACUUGCCUCUGGAGAACCUGAUCAUGUUUGGGGCAUGGUCAACCCGAAUAAGCCAACCGACCAGAGCUACAAUAUCCCGAUCCCGAAAAAUCCAACCACAGAGGCUAUCCCGGGUUGUCUCGCCUUGGGUAUGAUAGGCAUUGCCAGGACUGGUGUGGCUCUUUUCAACCCUUUAGAUUCAGCUGGUGAAAAUGCCGUGGAAGGUUCUGGUCAAGAGAGGUUAGAUAGCUGUGAUGGACAUGCAGAUCAACGAGGGGUCUACCACUACCACAAGCUGCCCUUUAAUUGUUUAUAUGACGGCCGCAUAGACGAGUUCAUGGGGGUUGCCUUGGACGGAUAUGCUAUUUACGGGCCAAAAAUAACGGAGAAUGGCGUCGUCAAGGAUCUCACGUCGCACGACCUGGAUAAAUGUCACGGCAGGAUCGGGUCUGACGGAAGAUAUCGGUACCAUAUGACCUUCACCUUCCCGUAUAUCCUUGGCUGUUUCCGGGGAAGCGUAAUGUAUGACCGGACUACCACACAAGCCAUAUGCUCUUCUGACACCUCAGUGUGGAACAACAUUUACGAUCAUUUCCUCUGCAACUGUUCGAGGAGCAUGCCACCAACUGGAGGAAACAACACCGAUCCUGCUUGCCACCCGUCCAAUGCAAACAAGCCAUCCUAUUGUUGUGAACGACAGCCACCACCCCCAUACUGCAGCACAACUACCAGACCCACGGUUUCUACUCCAAGACCUACAGGUCCAACGCAGACUUGUUAUCCAAAUUGUGAGACCAACGGAGCCCAAAUGUCGCAUCAGAACUCUCUACAACUCAUCCUUCUGGCGUGUGGUUAUGGAUUUCUUCAGUGCCUCUUCCAAACCAUCUUUACUUAGUUACAUCUCAACAGGUUUUGCAGGCCAAAAUCUUGUAAUAUGUGCAAUGUAUUUUAGAUAAAUGUAUUUUUGACGUUUAUUAAUGAUAGCAAUAGGUGGAAAUAAUUUUAUUUUCUCACUUUUUAUAUAAAAUACAGUGAGUAUUUAUUGCAAGUACAUAUGUAGCUUAAUUAGAAUUAAGACUAAACGGUCUUCUGUAUAUCAAUACUUUCCAAGAAAACUAAAGUAAACUAGUUAUAUCAUAACGUGUAUAUUAAACCGUAUUCAUUUGACAUCAAUCAAAUAUUCUGAUUCAUCAAGUUUUAUUAUCUGAUGAACACCUUAAAUGUAUGUUAUUACACUGCGAUUUUUAUUUUUUUUAUUUUACAAUAACUGCUCUACCAUAGUUAAACGUUUGAUUCACUAACCUAUAACAUGUACAACAUAUCUACAGGAAAUACGUAUAUACAUGUACUAUAUAUCCCUAUACAACACUAAAUGAAAUUUGAAAUACAAGUCUACAUCGUUGAAUGUAGAGGACUUCAUACUGCAAAACCCAUUUUUGGUGCUAUCUUUAAGAAAAUCUCAAUUUAUUUUGGUGAAACGAGAACAGUGAGAAUGUAAAGAUUUAAUAUUUCCGUUAGUUUAAUGUUCAACCAACAUAAAGUAUUCGGCUACCUGCUGGCAAAAGGGAUUUGGUCAAACAUUGGUGCUAUUAUCAAAUCUUAACUAUAUGAUUAUUUUUCUCUUCGUUAUAAAUACGUUUAUGAGUAUUUAUUUAUUUUUAAUUUAUUUUUGCAUUUACAAAGGUGCGGGUUACCUUAAAUAAUGACGAAUCAACUAAAAUAAUCCAGUUUGUAGGAACGAGUCAGUGACGGAUAAGAACGUAAUUUCAUGACAAAAUGUGAUUCUGCAUUAUGAAUACAUAAGAGGUUUUUUUCUCUUUAUCUUGCCGUUUUGACUUCCGUUCAACAACCAUUUUUGAUCCCCUCCCUGCCAAAAAUCAUCAUCCCUAUACAACUAAUUGAUGUGAUGAUUAUAAGGAAUUCAAACAUUUUAAACUGGAGGGAGAUCUUUGCGUAAAAUUUAAGCCCAAAACAGAUGAAAGUGUUUAUUUUUAAUUGACUUUGUUCAAAAGUGUAAUAACCCCUCGGCUACCUCUGGGUCAUGAUUGGGAUUUUUGAUUUAAUGUCCUGAGUAGAUAUACUACAGAAUAAAUGAUAAAUACAAAUAACCCCAUGUAUAUGUUAAUUUAUAUAUUUUUAUGUACUUUUCAACUGUUUAAUUGGUUGUUAAACACGUUACAUAUACAAUUCGUUAUGUUAAGCACCUUAGAGUAAUUUCAGAAAUCAUAUAUGGUGUUAUGUGAAUGUUGUAUAUGAUAUUACUCUUAAUUACCAUUAAUUGGAUAAUUCAUAGAAUGUAAUACUGUCAAUAUCCAAAGCGAUGAAACAAUCUGAUGGCAUCCAUCAUUUCAAGUUAUAUUCUGGAAUAUAUAAUUAGUUUUGAAAUAAAUAUUUAGAAAUGUG